UGACUUAUGUGCAAUUUGGGAGGCUGGAGUUUUCCUUCCCUCUGCAGAUUGGAACGGAGCUGCCUCCGGUGUUGCAGGGAGGAGGCUGAAUGAGGCAGAGAAGCUGAGCUGUGUCCGGGAGGCCCAGUUAAAGCGGCUGGAGGCAGCAAGACCCCGAGGGCUGGGGAGCCGGGAGCGGGGCCUGGCGCUGAGGAUGGCCAGGCAGCAGCCGCCGCCCUGCGUGCACGCAGCCUUCCUCCUCUGCCUCCUCGGUCUUGGCGGAGCCAUCGAGAUUCCUAUGGAUCUGACCCAGCCGCCGACCAUCACCAAGCAAUCGGUGAAGGAUCACAUCGUGGACCCCCGCGACAACAUCCUGAUCGAGUGUGAGGCCAAGGGGAACCCCGCCCCCAGCUUCCACUGGACUAGGAACAGCAGGUUCUUCAACAUCGCCAAGGACCCGCGGGUGUCCAUGAGGAGGAGAUCCGGGACCCUGGUGAUUGACUUCCGCAGUGGCGGGCGGCCGGAGGAAUACGAGGGGGAAUACCAGUGCUUCGCCCGCAACAAAUUCGGCACGGCCCUGUCCAACAGGAUCCGCCUGCAGGUGUCUAAAUCUCCCCUGUGGCCCAAGGAAAACCUAGACCCCGUCGUGGUCCAAGAAGGCGCCCCCUUGACGCUCCAGUGCAACCCCCCGCCCGGCCUUCCGUCCCCAGUCAUCUUCUGGAUGAGCAGCUCCAUGGAGCCCAUCACCCAAGACAAGCGCGUCUCCCAGGGCCAUAAUGGGGACCUGUAUUUCUCUAACGUGAUGCUGCAGGACAUGCAGACCGACUACAGCUGCAACGCCCGCUUCCACUUCACCCACACCAUCCAGCAGAAGAACCCCUUCACCCUCAAGGUCCUCACUACCCGAGGAGUUGCAGAAAGAACACCCAGCUUCAUGUAUCCCCAGGGCACGGCGAGCAGUCAGAUGGUGCUGCGCGGCAUGGACCUCCUGCUGGAGUGCAUCGCCUCCGGGGUCCCAACACCAGACAUCGCGUGGUACAAGAAAGGUGGGGACCUCCCAUCUGACAAGGCCAAGUUCGAGAACUUCAACAAGGCCCUGCGUAUCACCAACGUCUCCGAGGAAGACUCUGGGGAGUAUUUCUGCCUGGCCUCCAACAAGAUGGGCAGCAUCCGGCACACGAUCUCGGUGAGAGUAAAGGCUGCUCCCUACUGGCUGGACGAACCCAAGAACCUUAUCCUGGCUCCCGGCGAGGAUGGGAGACUGGUGUGUCGAGCCAAUGGGAACCCCAAACCCACCGUCCAGUGGAUGGUGAAUGGGGAACCUUUGCAGUCGGCACCACCCAACCCAAACCGCGAGGUGGCUGGCGACACCAUCAUCUUCCGGGACACCCAGAUCAGCAGCAGGGCCGUGUACCAGUGCAACACCUCCAACGAGCACGGCUACCUGCUGGCCAACGCCUUUGUCAGCGUGCUGGAUGUGCCGCCCCGGAUGCUGUCGCCCCGGAACCAGCUCAUUAGGGUGAUUCUUUACAACCGGACACGGCUGGACUGCCCAUUCUUUGGGUCUCCCAUCCCCACACUCCGAUGGUUUAAGAAUGGGCAAGGAAGCAACCUGGAUGGUGGCAACUACCACGUUUAUGAGAACGGCAGUCUGGAAAUUAAGAUGAUCCGCAAAGAGGACCAAGGCAUCUACACCUGUGUUGCCACCAACAUUCUGGGCAAAGCUGAAAACCAAGUCCGCCUGGAGGUCAAAGACCCCACCAGGAUCUACCGGAUGCCUGAGGACCAGAUUGCCAAGAGGGGCACCACGGUGCAGCUGGAGUGCCGCGUGAAGCACGACCCGUCCCUGAAACUCACUGUCUCCUGGCUGAAGGACGACGAGCCUCUCUACAUUGGAAACAGGAUGAAGAAAGAGGACGACUCCCUGACCAUCUUUGGCGUGGCAGAGCGGGACCAGGGCAGCUACACGUGCGUCGCCAGCACCGAGCUGGACCAGGACCUGGCCAAGGCCUACCUCACCGUGCUAGCUGAUCAGGCCUCUACAACUAACAGUUUGGCUGCCCUGCCCAAAGGACGGCCAGACCGGCCCCGGGACCUGGAGCUCACCGACCUGGCCGAGAGGAGCGUGAGGCUGACCUGGAUCCCGGGGGACGCCAACAACAGCCCCAUCACAGACUACGUCGUCCAGUUUGAAGAGGACCAGUUCCAGCCCGGGGUCUGGCAUGACCAUUCCAAGUUCCCAGGCAGUGUCAACUCAGCUGUCCUCCGGCUGUCCCCAUAUGUCAACUACCAGUUCCGGGUCAUUGCUAUCAACGAGGUUGGGAGCAGCCACCCCAGCCUCCCAUCCGAGCGCUACCGAACCAGUGGAGCACCCCCUGAGUCCAAUCCUGGUGACGUGAAGGGAGAGGGGACCAGGAAGAACAACAUGGAGAUCACAUGGACGCCCAUGAACGCCACCUCUGCCUUUGGCCCCAACCUGCGCUACAUUGUCAAGUGGCGGCGGAGAGAGACUCGAGAGGCCUGGAACAACGCCACGGUGUGGGGCUCUCGCUACGUGGUGGGACAGACCCCUGUCUACGUGCCCUAUGAGAUCCGAGUCCAGGCCGAAAACGACUUUGGGAAGGGCCCUGAGCCCGACACUGUCAUCGGUUACUCCGGAGAAGAUUAUCCCAGGGCUGCACCCACUGAAGUUAAAGUCCGAGUCACGAACAGCACAGCCAUCAGUCUUCAGUGGAACCGCGUCUACCCCGACACGGUCCAGGGCCAGCUCAGAGAGUACCGAGCCUACUACUGGAGGGAGAGCAGCUUGCUGAAGAACCUGUGGGUGUCUCAGAAGAGACAGCAAGCCAGCUUCCCCGGUGACCGCCUCCGUGGCGUGGUGUCCCGCCUCUUCCCCUACAGCAACUACAAGCUGGAGAUGGUUGUGGUCAAUGGCAGAGGCGAUGGGCCUCGCAGUGAGACCAAGGAGUUCACCACCCCAGAAGGAGUACCCAGCGCCCCCAGGCGUCUCCGAGUCCGGCAGCCCAACCUGGAGACAAUCAACCUAGAAUGGGAUCAUCCGGAACACCCCAAUGGGAUCCUGACUGGAUACACUCUCAGAUACGUUGCCUUUAAUGGAACCAAAGUAGGAAAGCAGAUGGUGGAAAACUUCUCUCCCAACCAGACCAAGUUCACGGUGCAGAGAGCGGACCCCGUGUCGCGCUACCGCUUCACCCUCAGCGCCAGGACGCAGGUGGGCUCUGGGGAAACAGUCACGGAGGAGUCACCGGCACCCCCGAAUGAAGCUACUCCAACCGCAGCUCCGCCCACGUUGCCCCCGACUACCGUGGGCGCGACAGGCACUGUGAGCAGUACUGAUGCUACUGCCAUUGCUGCCACCACCGAAGCCACAACAGUCCCCAUCAUCCCAACUGUCGCACCUACCACCAUCGCCACCACCACCACCACCACCGUCGUCACAACUCCUACAACCACUGCCGCCACCACCACGGAGAGUCCUCCCACCACCACCUCCGGGACUAAGAUACACGAAUCCGCCCCCGACGAGCAGUCCAUAUGGAACGUCACGGUGCUCCCCAACAGUAAAUGGGCCAACAUCACCUGGAAGCACAAUUUCGGGCCCGGAACUGACUUUGUGGUUGAGUACAUCGACAGCAACCAUACGAAAAAAACUGUCCCUGUUAAAGCCCAGGCUCAGCCUAUACAGCUGACAGACCUCUAUCCCGGGAUGACAUACACGUUGCGGGUUUAUUCCCGGGACAACGAGGGCAUCAGCAGUACCGUCAUCACCUUUAUGACCAGUACAGCUUACACCAACAACCAAGCGGACAUCGCCACCCAGGGCUGGUUCAUCGGGCUCAUGUGCGCCAUCGCCCUCCUGGUGCUGAUCCUGCUCAUCGUCUGCUUCAUCAAGCGGAGUCGCGGCGGCAAGUACCCAGUACGAGAAAAGAAGGACGUUCCCCUUGGCCCCGAAGACCCUAAGGAAGAGGAUGGCUCUUUUGACUACAGUGACGAGGACAACAAGCCCCUCCAGGGCAGCCAGACGUCUCUGGACGGCACCAUCAAGCAGCAGGAGAGUGACGACAGCCUCGUGGACUAUGGCGAGGGCGGCGAGGGGCAGUUCAACGAAGACGGCUCCUUCAUCGGCCAGUACACGGUCAAAAAGGACAAGGAGGAAACAGAGGGCAACGAAAGCUCGGAGGCGACGUCACCCGUCAAUGCCAUCUACUCUCUGGCCUAACAGAGCCCCACCCAGGCACAGCCACUACUUUGCAAGUGGGAGGAAGGGAGAGGGGGAGACAGAGCCACUGCAGACCCACUGCAAAGCCACCGCCACCUUCAGGGACAAGGGUUCAGUAUGGGGGUCUGCCAAGCUGUGAGGACCAGUGACACCCACAAGCCCCCUCCCAGUGACCCCCCCCACACCCCCGGGUGCCACCAGUAUGGGAGAGCUGGAGCAACCUGCGCUCAGCUGGAGGGAGCCCGGGUCCCCCGCCCCGUCUCACGCCGCCCCCGCCCGCCUUGGCCUCAGCACACGCUCACCCUUUUCUGUUGGUGACACCACUUUUCAUUGUCUGUGUUUUGCUUUGUGCAUCUUUCCCCUCCAGACCCAAUGUCUCCAUUUUCAUUUCCUUUCAAAGACGUGUCCCUGGAAAAGAAAAAAUAGGUGGACUCUCCCCCAGGAAACCGCAAAGAUAGACAAAAGGAUUGCUCCGUCACAGAACACGUAGAAAUGCUAUAGUAUUCAAGCCACCACCAGGCCAACGUAUUUCCGAAGGAUGCCUUUCUCGCCAUACGCCUCCCCUGGUCCCAGUCCCUCCGCCCCGGCCUCGUCAGUUGCUAAGCUGGGCUUGGCUCCUUUCUGGAAAAUGACAGUAUUGUUGGCAGGGAGAGGGUGUGCAGGCCUCCUUGCCUCUCUGGUUCGGUUGGGAGGUGAGUUUACCUCUUGCCCCUCGUUCCUGCCCUGCCCCUUCCUCCGGAGCAUCCAGGACGCGAGCUGCUCUGACCCUGAAGAAGUUGGAGGAACACGAGUGGCCACUGAUGGAAGGACGUCCAGUGACUGUGUACCUCAAGCAGAAGAAAUCAGAUGUCUGGUCCCCGGGGAACUGUGCUCACCUCUAGAGAGAAGAAAAAGGCUGGGUUUGGACUUCCUUCCUCCCCAUCAGCGAAACCCAGGAUGUCAGAGAGAGGGCCACAUCCACUGUGUCCAGAGUAGAGGGCACUUGUCUGCCCGGUGUGGCCCACGCUGCUACCCUCAAGGAGGUGGAGCCCUGCGAUGCAAAAGCUCUGCUGGUGUGUUUGGGGGUGUAAAGCGCUGCUCCCCCUUUCAUCUCUAGCGGAUACCAUCGCCUUGGUCCAUUUUGUAUGAAGCUGAGACUCACGUUGGAUGCGGUGUGUGGAUGGGGACUUGCUGCCCCGAGACUGAACCAGUCUGUCCUUUCAUUAGGGUACAUACAUAUCAGGGGACCCCGAGGUGGCUCCGUACUGACAGUGCUGUGAUGCCCCCGCCUGGGGAGGACUCGAUGCUCUUCGUAUGCCUUACGCAGCUCUGCUCCGUCCCUGGAGUCCCCAGGUCCCCAGCCCUCCCUGCAAGCCUUGGAGCCUCCGGCAACGUCCGUCUCGCGGAGAACGGGGCAGCCUAUGCAAGUGUCCCGGCAGGACCAGAAGCAGCCACUCCUCACGUGCCCUCACGCCCUGCCCCCCUGGAGACACUCGCAGACCUGCAGUUCCCAGACCGAAGGUGCCGCCUGCAUCCUCCCCACCUAAUCCAUUUUUUGAAACCAAAGGUACCUAGCCUCAGAGUCAGACGGAGAGGGAGAUCUUGAGCCUGAGGGUGACCCUUUAGCUGUUUCUGUAGCUCGAGUCAGUUUCAGGAGGGUGACGCUGACCACCAGGAAUGGAUCGGCUGCCCACAGGCACAGCUCGCUCUGAUUGGAGCCUCCAGCUGCUAAGCCAGGGGCCUGGGCAGGACCAGGGCUGUGUCCUUCAGUGACUUAAUUAAAAAAUCAUUUGCCACAUGUUUAAGCC